CUCCUGGGAACAAUGUCGAUUUUCUUCUCGCUAAAGCUGCCCAUCUUCACGCCACUCUUGCUUCUUGUUGCCCUAUGGUUGCGGUUCAAAUCCAGUACAUCAAAGAACACAUCAGUGCUACCCACAAACUGGCCAAUAAUACACAUGUUGCCUUCUUUCAUUGCCAACCUCCAUAAGGUGCAUGACUACUUUGCCGAGGGCCUUGCCGAAAUAAGCCACAAUUCCAGGGUAUAUACACCUCAAGGGCGCAUCUUCGUCACUUGUGACCCUGCGAAUGUCCGACACAUAUUCACGACGAACCAUGCAAACUUUCCCAAGGGUGCAGAAUUCGCAGCUAUCUUCGACAUCAUGGAUGGAGGCUUCUUCACCGUUGAUGGUGAGUUGUGGCGUCGGCAGCGCCCGAAGUUCCAGAGAGUGCUCAGCAACCCACAGUUGGUUGCCAGUAUGGCGGCUUGCUGCCACAACAAGGUGAAGAAUGGCCUCCUCCCAUUGUUUGCCCACAUCGGAAGGACCGGCACCCCAUUCGACAUGCAAGAAGUGAUUGCGAGGUUUAUGUUUGACCUAGCUGCCAUGCCUCUCUUUGGUGUGGACCCUGGCCUCCUAUCGUCGAGCAUGCCGGCCAUGGACGUUGCGGUCGCCAUGGACACAGUGAUGGAGGUAGGAUUUCUCCGGCACGUAAUGCCGUCCUCUUGCUGGAAGGUUAUGAGGUGGCUAAACAUUGGCCCUGAGAGAAAACUGCAUGCUGCGCAUACAAUGCUACGAGGGUUCGUCGCAGAUAUGAUUGAAAGGAAGAAGAUCUAUGGAGGACUUGUUUCUAAUGACAAUGAGCAAGAUGGGGUGGAUAUUCUAUCUUCCUAUAUCGACGACCCAGACUUUUCCAAUGAUGAUUUACUCUGUGCAAUGCUCAUUAGCUUCAUGCUCGCUGGGAGGGAUACAAUAGGCACAACCUUGACAUGGAUAUUUUACAUCCUCGCACAUAAUCCAACCAUCGUGUCAAUCAUUCGCAAUGAGCUCACACCCAUUGCAACACGCAAAGUAGCCAUGGCUAUGGGUGCCAUGGUGGUCUUUGAGCCAGAAGAGACCAAAUCCCUAGUUUAUCUAAAAGCUGUCUUGUACGAGGCACUCAGGUUGUACCCACCGGGACCUUUCGAGCGCAAGACAGUGGUCGCCGAUGAUAUCAUGCCAAGUGGCCAUAAGGUGAAGGCCGGCGAGAUGGUCCUUAUUUCUAUCUACUCCAUGGGGAGGAUGGAGGGCAUAUGGGGCAAAGAUUGUCACGACUAUAAACCACAAAGGUGGCUCUCGGAAGAUGGCAAAAAACUAAGAUACAUACCUUCUCACAAGUUUUUAUCCUUCAACUCGGGCCCGAGGAUGUGUCCCGGCAAGGACAUUGCUGUUAUGCAGAUGAAAACCGUCGUCGCCACAUUGGUGUGGAACUUCGAAAUGGAAGUGGUGGAACAGCAAAGCAUCCAGACCAAGCUAUCUUGCACUCUACAGAUGAAAAAUGGGCUCAAAAUGAAGCUAAAGAAGAGGGAAAUGUAA